AGCCGAUCGUUUGAAUCGGGAGGUUAUGAAUCAAUCAGAUUUCGUACAACGGAUAUCAGCACCAUAUGCCACGGCUAAUCCGAUUUUAAAACGGCCGUCGUGUUCCUCCCCGGCCCGGACGGCAACUCCGAAACCCAGCCAUGGCGAUGCACCGUUGCGCUACGCCAUAGAGAUGGAGAGAUGCUCCUAUAUAAUAUGAAAAAUUGACACAACUUGCGCAUUGACCCCUCGGUCGCGUCAGCCAAGUCGCGCACCGAGAAGAACCCGGUCGAUUUCUACCCUGCCCAGCGGAUGCCUUCGCCGCGACGAAAGUGAAAUUUCCACGAAGCCGCACACGUCGAUCUCGAUCUGCUCUGCUUGUAACAUCCGCCGCGGAGCGGCAGACAAAGGUAGCGCGCGUGGGCACGAUCCGUCUGCUGGUCAGGCAGCCAUGUACUCCGGCGACGCGUCGACCAGCGAGGAUCCGCGGGCGUGCCGGGGGCCGUCGAGGCGCCGGCUGCGGAGCCGCGUGACCGCCGUCCGGGCGCCGCCGCUCGCCGACGUGCUGCGGGAGCGCGCGCUGGUGCACCUCCCGCCGGCGGCCGCCGCGCGCCUCCGCCUCGUGCACCCGUCCUGGGAGCGCCGGCUCGCGUCCCCGCUCUUCGCCGUGGCGCACGCGGCCGCCCCGCGAAGGAUGUCGGGGAUCUUCGUCCCCAAGGCCGGGUUCCUCCCGUUCGACGGGCCCGACGACGCCGUGCCGUCCCCGACGCUCGCCUUCGCCCCGGCCUCGGAGGGGGUCACCGUGCUGUCGUCGUCGCGCGGGGUCGCGUGCUGCUACUCGCCGGCUGACGACGCGUUCUUCGUGUGCAACCCGGCCACCGCGUCCUGGGCGCCCGUCCCGUCCCCGCCGUGCCGGACCUGGCCGCGCCCCGCGGUCGUCGUCCUCUUCGACGCCACGCCGUACAACUUCCGCGGCGACUACGCGCUCGUCUGCGCCGCCGAGUGCGCGCCGGGCUCCGGCGCCUACUGCUUCCUGGUGUUCACGUCCGGGACGGGCGCGUGGCGGGCCACCGACGCGGUCGUGCCCGCCGAAGGGCUCGUCGCCGCGUCGGGCGUGGCGGCCGGUGGGACGGCGUGGUGGCGGACGAGCGUCGGCACGGCCGUCGGGUACAGCCCGCUGACGGGGCGCGUCGAGAUGGUACUCUGCCCCGGCGACAGCGGCAUGUGGGAGAUCGGCUCGGCCGGGGGCAAGCUGCACUGCGCCGUGCGUGAUCAUGACAACAGCGUCUCCGUGUUCCGGCUUGACGAGGACGGGAGCUGGGAGGAGGCCGCCGCGAGGGUGCCCGUCGGGGAGCUGCUGCCACGCCGGCUGACAAAGCCCGCGGGGCACGAGACCGGCGAGGCGAGCGGGCAGGACCUGGUCGCCCAGUCUUCCUUCAUCGUGGAGGAGGAGGUGGUGCGGCUGGACGACGGCGUGCGGCUCCUGGGGUUCCAGGGCGCGGAGCUGGAGGUGGUGGCGCUGGCCGGCAGGCGGCUGGUGGCGUUGGACGUGCGGACGCGGGGGCGGCGCGAGGUCAGGGUGCCGGUGGCUCAAGAGGAAGACGAGGAAGAGGAAAAGGAGGAGAAACGGUGGGACGGCGCGGAGUACGCCGCGCACACCAACACGCUGGCGCUGGUCGCGCCCGCCGUGCUCGCGUGCGAGCCGAUGCUCGUGGAGGAGCGACCGGACGCCGGAGAGGUCGCAUUUUCUUGACCGGACUUUGGUUGGUUGCUCGUGGGCACUAGGAGGUAUCGAUCGAGAAAAUAAGUGGUGCGAGUGCUAUUAAUUCUUCUAAGAACUUGACACUUUCAGUUAGUACUGUGUAUUACUACUUGGAUUCCUAAA